GCCCUUCUCAGGGCUACCAAAUUUCAACGUAUGAACUUCGUUCAUUUUGCAUAAAAAAAAAAAAUACUUGAUCUGUGCCCUAUAUUACCGACACUUCACGUGAACAAAUUGUAUAUCCCAGUUCGCCAACAACUUUGUUAGUACCGCAGUUACGAAUGUAGCUACAGGUGAAUUUAUUGUCUCCCACGCUGAUGCCCGGAAUUAAGUAAAGAAAACUGAACAGUGGGCUCGAAAUUACUUUAAGAUAAUGAAGUCAGUGACACAAGGCGUGUGCUGAUAGUUGAUAGCGAUAUCAUCGACCCAGAUGUAGAAUUCAUAUUCAUGAGUGAUUAAACGUUAAUUUAAAAUGGGUAUUAUACUAGAUUGUUGUAGAGGUUCUUCUUACGAGGACAUCGAACCGUCUGCCGCAGAUCGAGAAUUGAUGCGACAACAACAAGCUGAAGCCGCCGAAAAACGUUUAGCAGAGCAGGAAAAACGAGGUAUAGGAAACGUUAAUGCUGUUAAACGUCAACAAAAACUAGCAGAAGAGAGGGACAAAAAAUUGAGUGCUGCCGAAAAUGCGAACUCAGGAACCGGACUCAAAUGGCAAAUGAAUUAAUGAUCAACAAACGAUGUCGAUGGAGUGGGGUUGUAGAAUGUUCGAUUCACACAAGUCUAUCAUAGCAGUUUAUCGAAUAUACAUAAAAAAAUUUUUAUAUUUUUCUGUUAUCGAAUUAUAUAUUUUCUUGUUACAUUUAUAAGUAAAAUCAAGUUCACAAUUCAACUAAUUAUUUGAGUUUGCACCGUCGGUACGAAAAAAUAAUUGUGCAAGUAUUCGUAUAGGAUAUCUUACGUAUUCAUUGCUGAUUGAUAAAAUGUUAAUGUACUUUAAACUAAUUUCGAGCUAUUCAAUAUUAAUUAUACAACUUACAGCGUUAAAGUUAUUGUUGAGCGACACAAUUAUAAUUACUACAUAGCACUGAUAUUGAUGAAAUUCGUCCAAUUAAUUAUAGAUGUAUUUAUUCUUCUUUUACUAUUUUGAUUAUAUUACAUAAUGAUUCCACAUGAAUUUUUGAUUCUGAUAUUAUUUUAUCUAAUCGUUAUGUAUGUUCUCGAUAAAAAAAUAAUUCUAUAGUUUUUGAAUAAAAAGUGAAAAUGAACAUUAUAUUUCAUUUGACCAUUUGAAUAUUUAAAGGAGAAACAAUAAUUAAAUUGAAUUCUGUAAAAAUUGCUAUUUAAAUUGCUGUAUAUGGCUAAAUUAAAGAGAUCGUUUUCCAUGUAA